UAUGAAGUGUUUGUUGGUUUUUGAUUUUGACCAUACAAUCAUAGAUGAAAAUAGUGAUACCUGGAUUGUGAAAUGCGCUCCUGAGAAAAAACUCCCUAAUGGAUUAAGAAACUCCUACCAACCAGGACACUGGACAGAAUAUAUGGGCAGAGUCUUUGUCUACUUGGGAGACAAUGGUGUCAAAGAAGAGGAGAUGAAAAGAACUAUGACAACAAUUCCUUUCACUGCGGGCAUGAUAGAUCUUCUGGGGUUUAUUGGCGAGAACAAAGAGCUGUUUGACUGCAUAAUUGUUUCAGAUUCUAAUACAAUGUUUAUUGACUGGAUUUUGAAAGCUGCUGCCAUCCAUAGGGUAUUUGAUGAAGUGUUUACAAACCCUGCAGCAUUCAGCAGCACUGGCUAUCUUACCGUACAGAACUUCCAUGCUCACCAUUGUGCAAAGUGCCCUAAAAACCUUUGCAAAAGGAAGGUUUUAAAAGAAUUUCUAGAUAAACAGUUGGAGCAAGGCGUAAGUUAUACACGAAUUGUAUAUAUAGGUGAUGGUGGGAAUGACUUAUGUCCAGUGAUGUAUUUGAAGAAGGAUGAUAUUGCAAUGCCCAGGCAGGGGUAUACCUUGGAGAAAAAGAUUUCCCAACUUGCCCGAGAUCUCAGUCCUGUGGAGUGCUCUGUUCUGGUUUGGUCAUCUGCUACUGACAUUCUGUAUUACCUGAAACUGCUUAUAAAGGAAUGA